GACCUCCACAGGUAGCGACGCUCGUGCUGGAUAAACGAACUGAGAAGAACCACUAACGAUUGUGACGUGUUACGUAUGUGAGAUUCAGUGGUUACUUGUACGGGGUUUUAUAGCAGAAGAUGUCCGUCUGGACUGACGUUCGGAGCACUAGAGCAAGAAUUCCUGGUCUCAUUAUUGGUUAUUUAAUUUCACUUUAACUAAUUUCAAACAACAGUAGUUGCCGUGAUGCGCGUCGAAACAGGCAGAACUAGAGCGGCCAAAUUUUUCGAACGAGACCGUGUAGCCCGGUGUCAGCCAGUGCAGUAAUCCGUGCCACUUGUUGGUGAAGUACGUCGAGCAGUGUACUGAGGUGCUGCUGAGCUCAUUUGUGGGGUACCUCGACAGUGGUACGAGAAGUGUCGGCGACAAUGGCGGCCAUCUCCGCGGCGAUCACAGGCGCCCUCAAGACGGCGGGCACCAUCGCCGGGCUCAGCAAGUUCUGGUUCCUGCCGCUGUUCGUCACCGCCCUCGUCUACUACCACUACGACAUCUUCGACCCUGAGAACCAGCCUCAGAAUGUCAAGGUGCUGCGUCGCGAGUACGACUUCGUGGUGGUGGGCGCGGGCUCCGCCGGCUCCGUGCUGGGCGGCCGGCUGUCCGAGGUGGCCGGCUGGUCGGUGCUGGUGCUCGAGGCGGGCACCUACGAGUCGGAGAUCACCGACGUGCCGCUGCUGUCGCUCUACCUGCACAAGAGCCGCUACGACUGGGGCUACCGGUCGCAGCCCCAGCCCUCCGCCUGCCAGGCCAUGGAGGACAAGCGCUGCGUCUGGACGCGUGGCAAGGUGCUGGGCGGCUCCAGCGUGCUGAACACGAUGCUGUACAUCCGCGGCAACCGGCGCGACUACGACACGUGGGCGUCGCUGGGCAACGCGGGCUGGAGCUUCGAGGAGGUGCUGCCGUACUUCCGGAAGUCGCAGGACCAGCGCAACCCCUACCUGGCGCGCAGCUCGCGCUACCACGCCACCGGGGGCCCGCUCACCGUGCAGGACGCGCCCUGGCACACGCCGCUCGGCAUCGCCCUCGUACAGGCGGGCGUGGAGAUGGGCUACGAGCACCGCGACAUCAACGGCGAGCGGCAGACGGGCUUCGCGCUCUUCCAGUUCACGAUGCGGCGCGGCUACCGCUGCUCGGCGGCCAAGGCGUUCCUGCGGCCGGCGCGCCUGCGGCCCAACCUGCACGUCGCGCUGCACGCGCACGUCACGCGCGUCCUCCUGGACCCCGCCACGCGGCGCGCCUACGGCGUCGAGUUCCUGCGCGACGGCGUCCGACACACCGUGCUCGCCAGGAAGGAGGUGAUCCUGUCGGCGGGCGCCAUCAACUCGCCGCAGCUGCUGAUGGUGUCGGGGGUGGGCCCCGCGGACCACCUGCGCUCGCUGGGCAUCCCCGUGGUGCAGCAGUCGCCGGGCGUGGGUGAGAACCUGAUGGACCACAUCGCGGUGGGCGGGCUCGUCUUCCCCGUGGACUACCCCGUGUCCGUGGUGGUGGACCGCGUCAUGAACCUGAACGCGGCGCUGCGCUACGCCGUGCUGGGCGAGGGCCCGCUCACCUCCAGCGUGGGCCUCGAGGCGGUCGGCUUCGUCAGCACCAAGUUCGCCAACCGCUCGGACGACUGGCCCGACAUCGAGUUCAUGCUCACCUCGAGCAGCACGCCCUCCGACGGCGGCACGCAGGCGCGCAAGGCGCACGGCAUCACGCAGCGCUUCUACGACGAGAUGUUCGGCGCCAUCACCGGCAAGGACAUGUACGGCGUCUUCCCCAUGAUCCUCAGGCCCAAGAGCCGCGGGCGCGUGCGGCUGGCGAGCGCGGACCCGCUGCGCUACCCGCUCAUGUUCCACAACUACCUGACGCACCCGCACGACGUGGCGGUGCUGCGCGAGGGCGCCAAGAUGGCGCUGGCGCUGGCCGAGACGGCGGCGCUGCGGCGCUUCGGCGCGCGCUUCCACCGCGUGCCCGUGCUGGGUUGCCGCCACCUGCCGCCCUUCACCGACGAGUACUGGGAGUGCGUGGUGCGCCAGUACACCAUGACCAUCUACCACAUGUCGGGCACCUGCAAGAUGGGGCCCGCCGCCGACCCGCUCGCCGUCGUCGACGACCAGCUGCGCGUGCGCGGCGUGUCCGGGCUGCGCGUCGUCGACGCCUCCGUCUUCCCCACCAUCCCCAGCGGCAACAUCAACGCGCCCGUCAUCAUGGUCGCAGAGAAGGCCGCCGACCUCGUCAAGCAGGCGUGGCUGCCCAGGGGCAAGCGGGGCGCCAACCAGACCGCGGCCGACGAGCCGGUCAGGUGACCCGCCACGCCUCCGGAUCUUUCGCUUCCAUACAACGCUCUACCUCACGCGAAAGCGGGUCGUCGAACGGAACAUUCUUCCUGAAGACCGAUGUGGUCUGCACGGAGAGGCUGCACGUAGCGUACCAAUCUCUGGGAAGUGGUCAGAACUGAGACGAGAGGUUCGUACGUGAGAGACGUCUGUGUGGAAAUGAUCGUCAACUGGUAUAUUCUGUUAGCGAUUCAGCCUUCUGUUACAGUUCGGGAAAGGUUUACAAGACCGUAGGUUGUCUGUAGGCUUCUAUAUACGGAGUACCUACGCAUCCUUCAACAACAGAUUAACAGUAACAGAUUCUCAUACGUGAUCAAAUGAUUCCCAAGUGGUAACCAUUAGCAAUACAAACAAAUUAAUGAAUGUGACCGUAAGGAAGACUUAACUGAAAUUACGGUUGGCCGUGGACUUCGUGUUCGUGCGUCAGCACCUGUCGUACCCGUUUAAGAACAUAAAAGAAAAAUGAAACGAGCUUUAAUAAAAAUACAGCGUCCUGAUUAUUUUCGUCCAUAGAUAACGAAAAUGUAAGAAUGUUUCUCGUUGGUUUAAAUCGUGCACAGAUUGGAAAUAUGAAGGUUUUAAUGAUGUUACUGCUAAUGUUCCAAAAAGACCACAUUCAGCUAUUCCCAGCCGUAAGUCCUCAAUUUCAGUUUUAAUACAUUUGCGUCUUGCUAGAAUGCUACAGUAUCGAAGCGUUUGCCCAGAAAUCCGAACUGUUUAUUUAUCAGUAUCUGCUCAGGCCUUAUGGCCUUUUUCUGCACACGUUUGUCAGUACAUCCACACACUCUUAAUGCAGUUCAGUUGUACAUAUAUUUAUUCUUUAAUAAUUGCCCUUACCGUCUGUUUGGUACCCUAAGUGUCUAGAAGUAAAAUAAUAGUGUACUAUAAACUUUUGAAAUUUACUUCUUGUAUUUCAGUAGUUUGAAUUUUGAAAUAUGAAUAUUUCUAAUGUGAAGAUAUUGCUUCAAUAGGAAAUACACUUCAAACUGUCAUCUUGUGCAUUUUGAGCCCACGUACUUGGCAAUUAUGCACCGACAGCGAACUACCUGAUUGUGUUAUGGUGUUAGACAAUACGUUUUCAUUAAACUCCAUAUUCUCCUUUCCCUUCCCUUUAGAAGGUUCUCAUAUCACCACUUUUAUGACUUACUGAACGAGAGAUCCCCGACUUUGACUUAAAUGAUUCUGUUGUUUCGUGAUUUACAAAUAUAGUCCAGGAAGGCAAAAAGGAGAGAAAUGUUGAAAAUGUAUUUGAUUACAGGGGAGAAAAUUUACAAAAAUUUAUUUUUGCUUCAGUAGAACCAAGACAUUUUUUCUUAAUUAUUUAUUAAU